UCAGACUGGGGGUAACCCAGGAAGCCAUGCUGUGGACUAACUCAGAGAAAAACACGUAUCUUAGUCCCACCAUCCUUCCACCACACAAAAGAGACGAGGUCUGUAGUUUUUACUCAUACUUGCCUCGCACGGCCACGCGUUGGCGCUGUUUGCCACUGGCCGCUGAGAGCACUCAAGCCUGCUAGCAGCUCGCAUCUUUCCCCCCUCCCUCCCUGCCUGCCCUCCCUCCCUCCACAGCAGCGCGUCUCUCACCGCGCCUCGGAUGCAGUGUGACCAGCAGCACCGAGCGGGAGAAACCGUCCAGCGAACCGCCGUCCGCGCACCAGCACAGCAAAAAUAAAACCCAAACGAUGACAUUCUUACAGAUACGACUGAAGCAAACAAUCAUUUGACAACUUCCGACCCCCACACCUUGCCUUCGCCGCCCCUUGCUGUAAGUGCCCCGGUCCAACUGUCCGGCCCUCCCCCUCCCAGCCCAUCGGCCCUCCAUUCCAGCGGGACCAUGAUGCUCAGCAGCUCGGUGGAGGUGCCCAGCCCGGGCGGGAUGAGCGGCCUCAGUGGGUUGAGCGCGGCCGCCCGGAACGUGGUGCGCUCCUCCAGCAUCUCAGGGGCCAUGUACAGCCUGGAGAAGAGCCCCGGCAGCGGGGGCCCGGACUCCACGUCUCUGGCUGGCAACAAGAAGCGGCGCUCCAGUCUGGGCGCCAAGAUGGUGGCCAUCGUGGGGUUGUCGCAGUGGAGCAAGAGCACGCAGCAGCUCAACCAGCAAGACGGUGGGACAAAGAAGCUUCGUAGCACCAUCCGACGGAGCACGGAGACUGGCAUCGCCGUGGAGAUGAGGAACCGGGUGACACGGCAGGGCAGCAAGGACUCAACCGACGGCAGCACCAACUCAAACAGCUCCGAUGGAACCUUUGUCUUCCCUACCACACGCCUGGGGCCUGAGAGCCAGUUCAGUGACUUUCUGGACGGGCUAGGCCCCGCUCAGAUUGUUGGCCGGCAAACACUAGCUACACCCCCCAUGGGGGAUGUCCAUGUAGGCAUGGUAGACAGAGGAGGGCAGCUGGAGGUGGAGGUCAACCAGGCAAGAGGGUUGAUCCCUAAACCAGGCUCUAAGAACAUACCAGCGACCUAUGUAAAGGUGUAUGUCUUGGAGAAUGGAGUGUGCUUGGCCAAGAAGAAAACCAAAGUAGUGAAGAAGACUCUGGACCCCACCUACCAGCAGGCUCUGUUGUUUGAUGAGAGUCCUCAGGGCAAAGUCCUACAGGUAAUAGUGUGGGGGGAUUAUGGGCGUAUGGACCACAAGUGCUUCAUGGGAAUGGCCCAGAUCCUCCUGGAGGACUUGGACCUGUCUGCCACAGUCAGCGGCUGGUACAAGCUGUUCCCUACCUCCUCCCUGGCAGACCCCAGCAUCGGACCCCUCACCAGACGCCUCUCCCAGUCCUCCCUGGAGAGCGCCACCAGCCCCUCGUGCACCUAGACACCCCAGUAGACACCCACAUGCACGGGCACAGGCAGAGUCGUGCAGACACGGACACAUGUACUGUAUAUACACAACAACUGUAUUUGAAGUGCAAGACAGGUAGGCACACACACACUCACACACACACACCCACACAUAUACCCAUGUGCAUCUGUGCACGUGAUGCGUGUAUUCAUGUAUAUACAUGCACUGACACGCCUGCCAUAUCCUUUACCGGACAUUACACUCUACUGUACGUCCAUAUCCUCACCCACUGAUCAGUGUUUUUAGUCGACUAAACGGUUAGCAAAGCCACCUUGAAGUAGGCAUGAAUUACCAGAACAUGUAGCAUUUUUCACCCACUCAUUUCAACAUUUCCUACCACGACACAACGAUCCACCGGGUGCCAUACUCUGCAUUCCAAGGUACCAGAUCUCCGUGGCACGACUCAUCCCAGGGCCGUCCUGAUGCCAGUUUCUAAACUCUCUAUGCCAAACUAAGAAAAAAAACUUUAUUUUUUAAAACCAAAGCAAUUGUUAUUGUUGUUAUUAUUACUAUAAGUAGUAGGUGAACUAGUCUACAAUAUAAAGUAUGGAUAUGUAGCAGAGUCAAUGACUUAGAUGUAAUGCAAAAAAAGAAGAUACAUUCUACACACGUGAGCUGAGAACGGUAGGCCAAACACAUAAACAUACCUGGGCAACAGGCUUGGAUGUUCACAUAAUGGCUAUUAUGUGAGGUAGCAACACUGCUAUUCUAUAAUUUUCACAGGGCAGAGUUUAUAUAUAGAUAUACAUAUAUAUAUAAAUAGAUAGAUAAAUACUUAUUUGUGUUAACGUAUGUAUCGGCUGCAUUCUGCAUGUUCGCUUGCAACCCUUGUAGAGACAUUUUAAAGUGCUUAAAUCUUUUUAUUUAGCUUGCCUUGACCAAUGUAACAGGAGUAUACGUUGUGCCGCUUUAUUUUGCGAUCCGUUGAAAAAAGAGCACUGCACCAAGUUAGGGAGAAGGAUGGGUGGGGGCUUUGAUGACAGGGAGAGUGCUAUCAUCGCCAUCUGCAGAAGAAGAGAACAAAUUAGUCAGCCAGCUGCACAUUCGCUGAGGAACAAAUUUCUGAUCCUGCCUUCAUCUUUCGAGUAAAGGACUGUUGUACCACGGGCCACAAAAGCUCCAGUCUGGGGCUCUCGUGUUCCACAUCCAGGGGGUGCCACAGUCUCACUCCCUCUCGUUCUGUGUAUACCAGCACCUAGACUUGUUUGGACUUCCUGUUGAUUUCUCCCGUUUUGAUGUCAUCUUUCUUUCGCACUCUCCCCUUUUGAUGGAGGAGGACAGGGAGGUGGCGAGCGUAUCUCACCAUGUCUGGUCAGAUCACAGCCAGGCAAACACGCACACAAGCUGGUACCAACUACAACCUUUAACCCUCCUACUUUCUCUUUGGUCACUCCUCUUUGUCUCACUAACUGUAACUAAACUUUUUGUAAAUGUGUAAACAUAUAUUUUAAUCCAAAUUAGUUUUCUUUUCUUUUUGAUAUCCGACUAUUUAUGCCAGUAUUACUUUGCUAGCAGGGUGAUUGUUAACCUGCCAUAUACAGUAGUUUUACUUGUUUCAGGUGCAAUAUGUCAAAUCUAACCCAUCGUCCAGCGUUCUUACUUUAGAUAUCCUGUCAGGCAGCGUGUUUGUAUUUAUGAUGGCACUUUACUGUAAAAUAUGUAUUAUGUUUGAACUAAACCUGCAGUGUUGACCACUUGUUCAUUAAUUUUAUUUUUUAUUUGGUCAAACCGCAUUGAGCAUCUCUGAAUCUUUUAACUGAAUGCCAGCAUGGAAAUGUAACUUGAGCGUAUAAUGAAUUGCAGUGUAAGGGCCUACUAAAACAGCCGAAACGGGUCAGGUCUGCCUAUAGCAUCUGAUUUACAGUUGAUUUUACACUUCAAUCUGAGCAUUAAUAAAAGUCAUUUAUUAACAAAGAAAAAACAGGCUCAGAGAAAAAUCUAUAUUAGUUUUCUGAAUGUCUAAAUAGUGUGUUUUUAAAGAAGAAAUUAAGAUGUAAGUUUUGAAAUAAGCCAAGGUAUUUACUUCUUGCAUUUGUGUUUGAUGGAUUUAAAAAAAUAAUUCAACUGACAUUCUCAAAAAGGUGAGACUGACCUUUUGGCUGGUUUAGUUAAAUGUGCAAUGGUUGAGUCUUUUUACUGACAGCAGAGGAGUAGCAGGGAAAACUGAGCCACUGUUGUUUUCUUUAAGACUUCAGUGACUUUUUCAAGUGUUUUGAAUCUGCCUGUCUCGAGACCAACGCCAAACCUUGUAUAUGGAUAAAAACACUAAAGACUGUCGUAUUUCAGUCGUGUUACGAGAGUUCACAGUCUCAAGCUUUAGCCUAUUAAAGGCUUGUGUGUUUUUACGAGCUCACAUUUCACCGCCAUAUGUUGUAUGGUCUGCUAAGAACUGUCAUUCCUCUCUUCAUCUUUGUGCAAAAAGGGAAAAUCCAAGGCAUUUUAUCUUCUCAGCACUUCAGACCAACAGAAUUCACAUUUCAACGCUCUUUGAACUUUGGAAAAAGGGAUCUCUGGCAUUCUUGAAUUUUUGGGAGGAGGGUGUGAUGGUCGUUUUCUGACCCUCCCCCAUCAUGUGUACAACCCUUUUUAAAAGAACCAUCAAGGUCUGGGCUCCAAUUUCCUUCCCAUGUUGGAGCCAUUCCUUGCUGGAUCUGUACUUGUAUGGUCAUGUAUAUGAAGUAAUUUUAUGUACCUUAUUGAUUUGUAUCUUAUCUAUUUUUGUGGACAGCUGGCAUGAUGUAAAAAUAAGGACUUAUACUCUUGGUAUUUGCACACAUUCUCUUCAGUGCGCACCUUUUGUGAGGACAAAAAAAGCUUGGUUGACAAGAGAGAAAUUAAAUGGACAGAACAUAAAGCUAAAAAAAACUGAAACCUAAAAGGAAUUUCUAAACAUGUAAAACAUCCCUGCUGAAUGUUUAGUCCUUGGUAAACUCUAUGAAAAUACUGUUAAUAUUUUUCCAUGUGAUUUCCAAUGUUUCCUGAGUUUGUAUGAGACUGUAUGUGUCCCUUUGCUGUACUGAGUAACCCAAAAUAUUCACAGUUCUGAUUAUAGAAAGUAGGAAAAGAGAAAAUUCUUAUAAAAGACGUGUAUUUAUAGAAGAGCAGAUAGCAUUUGCCAAAUUUGUCCAAAUCCUUUGAUCCCUGCAACCAAAAGGAAACGCUGAAAUAUUGCCUUUCUUUAAAGUGUAGUGUGAGUGUGUGUAUGUGUUGUACUGCGCAAUGCAUAAUGAGCGGCAAGGCAAAGGGGUGAGAGAGAGAGAGAGAGAGAGCUUUAAAUGUAUAGAUAUUUAUUAAAAAAGCCACUUGUAAACUCAAGUUGACAGUGGACCACAGUGAAGAGAAUUUAAGGAUCAGGGUUUUCAGAUAUGAGCAUCAACACCUUUUUCUCUCGUCAUGAUAUUUACCAUAGAUUAAAAGAAUUUACUGUAGUAUCACAUAAUUAACACAUAUUGUGUCACAACAUGAUCAUGUUAUUUAUUUGGACACAUAAUCUACUGUUUUAAGUGAGUUGAAGAAAAUUAUUGUGAACCUGUAAAAGUAUGAAAAAAAAAGAGUUGAAGCAAGCCGCAGGGGUUAAAGUACGCAGGGCAGUGUUACAGCAGGUCGUCAGAGAGUCUCAAUUUGUUUUUCUGGAGAUGAAUGAUGCUUUUUAAACAUGAAGGCAGAGGCACGAAAGCAGGUUGCGAAAUGGUUGGAUUCAUCAAAGUGUUGAUCGUAGACGCUUAUGUGCAGUUUAUUGGAAACAGCACGGAGCAUGUAGGGCUUGGACUGAUUCAGACAGGUAACGAUAGUAUGAGCUUGAGUUUCACAGUAUCUCAACAUGGCUCAGCUGAGAUUUGAAUGUAAAGUCUUUGAAUGAUGCUUGUAAUAUGAACCCAUACGCUUGCUUGUUUUACUUCUAAAAUCCACAUUGAGCAUUCUAUAACCUAAUUUUAUUGCGUGCAAAACUUUUAUAAUGUAUCUUCAAUCAACCUGAAUCGUCUCUUGAGUGCUAUGUUGAAAAUGUAUUUUAUUUUUGUAAGGAGAGAGGUAUUAUUCAGAGGAGGAGGAGAGCGCGUCAGAGAGGCAGCGUGGGCAAAACUUGCCUUUAGAUUUUUGCGAAAAUGAGGGCUUGUUCAGUUUACAAUGGCCUUAUUUUGUGUAGGAGACAUUGCUUCACUAUUGUAGCACACAACUGAAAGUUUUGACAAAUGUAUUUUGCUUGAAAUAUUGUACUGAAGUUAUAUAUGUGUAUAUGUAUAGUUUUAUGAAUGUAUUUCUUAAUCCUUACACCAGAACUGAGUGUAAUUUUUUGUCAUCUUGUUUGCUAUACUGUCUCUUUGAAGACUUUCCAGGGACCCCGCCUGCAUUGGUUCAGGCAGCCCCUACUUCUACUGUACUGUAUGUCUUACUCUCUGUGUAUUCACUUAAAAGAACAGCUCUGUGGUUGAAACAAGCAUGAAUUCUGUCUGGCGAAAUGCAGUUUUAUUUAUUUAAAUCGCCACGAUGGGUUUCAAGCAAAAGGAUUGCUACCCCCUACCCACCGUCCCUCAACCUUCCCCCGCACCAACUAACUUAUCGAUUAAUCUAUCAAGCUGAUGGAAUUGCUAUGAUUUUUGUACUUUGAACUAGAAAAUGUUUGCCGCAUGGUUACUCUGAUGACUUUCUUGUAUUUAAUCUUUCUGAUGGUAUGAUAAUGAUGAUAAUAAUUAUGAUAAUGACAAGUGAUGUUGAUGAUGAAGGUAGUUAGACCCAGUACUGCGUUAAUGGGAAUUCAAUGAGAUGCAAAAGACUUGUCAAAUAUGCUGUAUCUUCAAGUAGCAUGGACUUAGCCUUCCAUUUUCUGAAAUAUUUCUUCUGGCAAUAACCAUUGGCUGUAGAUCCUUACUGUUGCUGGGGCCUUCACUCUUGGCUUUAGACUCUUUCUCAUUCCUUUGAGUUGGUGAUGUGGUGUCAGCAUCAGCUGAACUGCAGUGAUGACAAAUAAGAUACAAAGUCGAAUCACGUUUGCAAGCACUAGAAGCAAUUUAGACUCAACAGAGCAUGCAAUGCAUUGUGAAUGACUGCUAUUUCUAUGGCAGUCCCCAUGAGCAACAAUUUUCAUUUUUACUCUUCAUUUUCUAUUGAAGCAUGCAUUCCAUAUGUCUGCUUGCCAAUGUAGCAGGGGACAACAAGAACAAAACAGACAUCAUUGCUUGAGUUGAUGGGCAAAUUGGAGUUUUUGCUGCUGAAUACGCCAGUUUGUAUUCAUCCGGGUCUAUAAAUGUUGGUAAUCACAGCACAAGUUUCCUGAGUAGCCAUUCUGUCCUUUUAGAUGUCCGUCAGACUAUAUGAAGGCCACUGUAGCUUCCCUCCCCCACUGUCAAGACAACCUUUAUCUUAUUAAGCCCACCAAAGCACACACCCUACGAAUACAAUCUGAACUAAUAGCUUAACACGGAACCCCAAAAUAUAAUAAAUAUCUGAACAACAAUGGACCAAAAUGAUAUUUCCAAGUGCACACACAGUAGAUUGAUGCCUUGGAAUCAAAUGUAAAGAUGGAUGGGAGCAUUAAAACAUUUAGCCCAGUUAAAUUGGAUUGCUGGUGCUGGUAGAUGAGUGGUUGUCUUUUCUUAACUGGCCUUAACCUUUCCACCGAGGAGUGUUCGCAGAGUACAUUUUAAAGGGCAAAGUGUAGCAGACCGUCUGAUGAAAGGAUGCGGUAUAUGGCAAAGAAGAAAAAGGGAGCUGUAAUUUUUUACCUGUGCUUUGUAAAUGUUUUCUAUGUGCAGUAUUUGAUAAUGUAAAACUGGUAUUUUUGUGGUUUGUACGCUGCAGAAUUGAUUACUUAAGGUGCACGUAGUUUUGUAAGAAAAUAGAACCAAACUGAGGAAAAAAACAAUUUCGGAUUCAGACGCCUGUAUUUGCAUGCCCUUUGACAUCUGGACGCAAAGUUAAUAAAGUUAAUUUGAAUCACAAA